UCUGCACCCAGCUCUACAGGGAGCAACCUGCCUUAAGGAAAAAUGGCCUCUCAGGGGAUCCAGAUGCCUUCCAGCUGUGAAGUUCCAGACAUUCCAUGUGGACUGAGAGUCUUUAGAACAUUGCCAUAUGCCUUUAUCUUAAUAGAACUGAUAUUAGGAUGCUGGGUCUGGAUUUUGGUUGCUGCUACUCGAGUCACUAUUUCUAUCAACAAUGGCUGGGUCAUGUAUGUGUCUGUGUCUUGUUUCUUGUUUUCACUCAUACUGCUCAUGGUCUAUGUGUCUGGAUUGCACAGAAACAACUGUGGAACCUGGAGAAUAGUGGAUGUCAUUUAUCAUGGAAUUGCUGCAAUCUUUUACCUCAGUGCUGCUGUUUUAGUGGUGAAUUCAGCAAUAAUAUGCAAUGUUACUUUAAGUCAGUCUCUACUACCUUACUAUACUGUCUGCACAUUGGUUAAUUACCGCUUGCUAGCUGCAGCCUCGGUCUUUGCUUUUGUUACAUCACUUAUAUAUAUGCUGCACAGCUUCCAGUCCUAUGUUCGUUAAAGAGCCAACAGAAAGACAGAGACAUACAAGCACCCGCUGGAAUGGAUUCAAAACCUGACGCUACUCAAUAUGCACAAGAAAAAAUUGACAAAUUUCCAAUAUUCAAUAUCCACAAAAGAAAUAUGUGAUUAUUCUUAACAUUGUUAUUAUGCACACAAACAGUUUUUUAUAAUAUGUAACACAUUAUAAACAAAGGCAGGACAGCCUUUAAUAAUGGGCAAAUCCCCCAAAACUAAAGGCUGAAAGCUGGACAACACUGCCAUGAAUGUUCUGCCUUCUUGUCCCCCACAAAAAGUGGGAUCUGGUACAGUUAACCCUGCUUACACCCCAGAAUAUAUCUCUAAUUAAAACGGCAAACAUUUAAAAUAUUGUCAAAUAAAUCACACACACUUGUUAUUGAGCCCGGCUGCUAAACAUUACAGCCUUGGCUGUAUAUAUAUAUAUAUACAGUAUAUUUAUGGUAUAAAGGGUACAUGAAAAGUAUUAUUAAAGCCCCCUAUAUUCUUGAUAAAUCUGAACACUUUCUGCUGUUUUAUGCUCUGUUUGUCAUAAUUAUAUUUAUUUGUUUUUUUUUUCUUACUCCUUAUAUUUUGGGUUGUACAAUAAAAUUAUUUUGCUCAGGGUAUAAGAA